AUGCACUUUAAUAUCCACUCGUAUCAAACCUGCCAGCUAGCUACCUUAGGCUUCUACGGCGAUCCCAUUGUUAUCUCAUGGCCUGGAGCACAAAUAAGCCGCAUCACCAGUCCUACCUCACUUUGCCUUCAAGAUCUAAGUCUUCACAGAAUCACCACCAGCAUCAUGCAUCUCGCAGCCGUAGCCACUCUUUUUGCGCUCGCCAGUGUGGCGAUGGCUGGCAACCCUCGAUACAAAGUCAGUUGUGAUCCAGCCGUACCAGCUGCCUACCAGGCUAGCAUGAAGGCAUUUGAGAAGAAAAACUGUGGAGAGUCCGAGUAUUUUGGGCGUCCAGGCACUUGGCAUGAAGAGACACAGUCGUGCGAAGCCCCCGGCCCCGGGGGCACGAAUACCCAAAGAUACUACCAUCCGCUCUUUGCUAGCUCUUCAGGUGGUCCCAACAUCAGCCCGCGUUGCCACUGGGUUCCAGCUUAG